GAAGCUGAUUAACGGUCCGAAAUUCGAAACGGGUCAGUACUCAGUAGCUUUCAUUUUAUGUAGUUGCAUUUUGCAAUCCCUCUUCCUCCCGUUAAUCCGCCAUUGACGUCAGAGAUCUGGGCCAAGCCAAAUUCCAGAGUGACUCACCCAACGAGUCGCUUCGAAUCAGUGAGUGGGUCACUACCGCCAUUGAAUCGAGAACAGAGAAGAUUUUUGUUUUUUUGUUUUUUUUUUUUUAUAAGUAAUUAACACAAUCGGAGGGGAAGAAGAUGGCGGAUCCGGCAAGCACGCCACUCGGCAGAUUGCUAUUGGACGAGAUCACUCCGGUUGUCAUGGUGCUUUGUACGCCUCUCGUUGAAGAAGCUUGCCAAAAGAAUGGCCUCUCAUUCGUUCAGAUGCUCAGUCCCUUUCGUGACUUCAACAACAUCGACGUACCUGUACGGACGGCGAGUGAUCAGCCCUACAGGCUUCACAAGUUUAAGCUACGGUUGUUUUACGCGUCGGAUAUUCGGCAACCGAAUCUGGAGGUAGCAAAAGAGCGGUUGAAACAGGCUAUUACUCAGGCUGGGGAGAGAGAUUUUGAUGAAUCGUGUUCAGACCGGCCUCCAAUUGAUAAUGAAUUUGCUAGAUCUGAAGCUGAAAGUCCGCCAUCUUGGUUUCAGUUUUUCAAUAAAGAACUUUUACGUACAGUGUCAUUUUCAGAUCAUGAAGCUUUUGACCAUCCUGUGGCAUGUCUAUUGGUUGUCUCUUCGAAGGAUGAACAGCCUAUCAACCACUUUGUUGACCUCUUUAACACCAACAAGUUGCCAUCGCUUCUUAAUGAUGGUGGAAUGGAUCCAAAGAUUUUGAAGCAUUAUUUAUUAGUGCAUGAUAAUCAAGAUGGCACUUCAGAAAAAGCAACUAAGAUCUUAACAGAAAUGAGGAGUACAUUUGGCUCUGACUGUCAAUUACUUUGCAUUAAUUCUUCUCAAGAUGGUGUGGUUGAACAUCAAGUUAAUCCUUGGGCAGUUUAUAAAUCUGAUGCUUCCCUUGAUCGGCAUCUUGGUUGCUUCCUUAAUUUUGAUGACCUUGAUGAGAUGAAAGAACUUAUGCAUGAUUUAUCAUCUAAAUACAUCAUUCCUUACAUGGAGCAGAAAAUAAGGGUGCUAAAUCAACAGGUUUCUGCAACAAGGAAAGGUUUUAGGAACCAAAUUAAAAACUUAUGGUGGAGAAAAGGGAAAGAUGAUAUAGUCGAUUCCCCCAGUGGCCCUAUGUAUACAUUUAGCUCAAUUGAAUCUCAGAUUAGAGUAUUAGGUGAUUAUGCCUUCAUGCUACGGGAUUAUGAACUUGCUUUGUCGAACUAUCGCCUAAUUUCCACAGAUUACAAGCUUGAUAAGGCCUGGAAGCGUUAUGCUGGUGUACAGGAAAUGAUGGGGCUAACUUAUUUCAUGUCUGAUCAAUCAAGAAAGGAAGCAGAGUAUUCCAUGGAAAAUGCAUUCAAUACUUAUUUAAAAAUGGGGCCAUCUGGUCAGAAUAAUGCUACUCGGUGUGGUCUUUGGUGGGCUGAGAUGUUGAAGACAAGGGAUCAGUAUAAAGAGGCUGCCACUGUUUACUUUCGAAUUUGUGAUGAUGAACUUUUAUAUUCUGCUGUUAUGCUUGAGCAAGCAUCUUAUUGCUACUUGUUGUCCAAACCACCUAUGUUAUUCAAGUAUGGAUUUCAUCUUGUUCUUUCUGGUGAUCGUUACAAGAAAUGUGAUCAGAUUAAACAUGCAAUUCGCACAUAUAGAAAUGCGAUUUCUGUUUAUAGAGGGACUACAUGGAGCCACAUUAAGGAUCAUGUGUAUUUCCAUAUUGGACAGUGGUAUGCUUCUCUUGAGAGAUAUGAUUUGGCAGUUGCGCAUAUGUUGGAAGUACUGGCAUGUAGUCAUCAGUCUAAGAUGACACAGGACAUAUUCUUAAGGGAGUUUCUGCGAAUUGUUGAGAAAACAGGGAAGCAUUUUGAAUUAUUGAAACUUCAAUUGCCAGAGAUCAACAUCUCUUCUCUUAAAGUCAUUUUUGAAGAUCAUCGAACCUAUGCAUCACCUACAGCUGUCAGUGUUAAAGAAAGCAUGUGGCGUUCUUUAGAGGAGGAUAUGAUUCCAUCAUUGACUACUGGCAGGUCUAAUUGGUUGGAGUUACAGUCAAAGGUCAUCCCAAAGAAUUAUAAAGAAUCAAAUAUUUGUGUUGCAGGAGAAGCUGUAAAGGUUGAUAUCGAAUUUAGAAAUCCUUUGCAAAUUUCUAUAUCGUUAUCUGGUGUUUCCCUGAUAUGUGAGCUUUCAAGCUCUGAUGAAACAAAAUCUGAUGCAGAUAUCUCGGCCAUGGAGCUUCAGAAUGAUGAUGAAUCUGCUAAGUUAAUGAAUAGGGAUAUGAAUUCUUCUCUUUCAUUGUCUGAGGUUGACUUUUCUUUAGGAGCACGUGAAACAAAUAUAGUGCAAUUGACAGUUACUCCCAGAGUAGAAGGUGUUCUACAAAUUGUUGGCAUAAGGUGGAAAUUGUCAGGGUCUGUUGUUGGCUUUUAUAAUUUUGAACCUAAUUCUAUGAAGAAGAAAAGUGCCAAGGGAAGGCGGAGAGCCAUCCAUUCUCCUAGUGAUAACCUGAAGUUUUUGGUGAUUAAGAAUCUACCCAAACUUGAGGGCUUAAUUCAACCUUUACCUCAAAGUGCAUAUGCAGGAGACACACAGAAGCUUGUUUUGGAGUUGAGAAACCAAUCAGAGUUUUCUGUGAAAAAUCUGAAAAUGAAGAUCAGUCAUCCUAGAUUCCUGAAUGCCGGGAAACGGGAAAGUUUGGACAUGGAUUUUCCAGCAUGUUUAGAAAAGAAUACCGAUUAUGAAUGGUCAUGUAUACAAGCUAACUCUAAUGACAUGUCUCAAUCUGUGUUUAUCUUUCCGGAGGAUACAAUUAUACAAGGGGGAACACCAUUUUUAUGGCCUCUUUGGUUUCGAGCUGCUGAAACUGGAAAUAUUUCCUUGUAUAUAACCAUAUAUUAUGAGAUGGCAGAGGUAUCAAGCACCAUGAGAUACCGCACUCUACGCAUGCAUCAUAAUUUACAGGUCUUACCAUCGUUGGAUAUCUCAUUCCUAGUCAGUCCUUGCCCAUCAAAAUUACGAGAGUUUGUUGUGCGAAUGGAUGUUGUCAACAAGACCAGUUCCGAGAGCUUUCAAUUUCAUCAAUUAUCAUCUAUUGGGGAGCAGUGGGAAAUCUCGUUGCUUCAGCCUUUUGAGACCAUUUUCCCUUCCCAGACUCUAUUGGCUGGUCAGGCAUUAUCAUGUUUCUUCAUGCUUAAGAAUCAUAGGAAAUCAGUAACUUCGGAUGAAAAGACACCUCUUUCUCCACUUCUUGGAAGUGCUGUGAGAUUGGGUCCUCAGGGUAGCCCUGAACUGCUCUUUGAUAUAUCUUGCUCACCUCUGGCUGAUUUACACCAUUAUGAAAGAUUGCACCAAGAAAAUUCAAAUCAGGGAGACCGGACUUCUAUUGACUUCGUAUUGAUCUCUAGGCCAUUGAAAAGUGAUGUUAAUUCUGGGAUUUCAGAUCCAACCCGUCUUUUUACUCAUCGUGCAUGUUACUGCAGUAUUGCAAGCAGAAGCCCUAUCACAUGGCUGGUAGACGGGCCUCGGACUUUAUAUCAUAACUUCUCGACAUCAUUCUGUGAAAUUAAACUCAAUAUGACAAUAUACAACUCAUCGGACUCGGCAGCAUCUGUACGCAUAAACACUAUGGACAACAGUUCCACUAGCAAUUUGGGUGAUGUAAUUUCAGCUUCUGCGGCAUCUUCAGGCAACCAAGUAGGUUGGUAUGAUGUUUCAUUUGUUACCGAUAUUAAAGUUACAUCUGAUGUUGCCGGAGGAGCUAAAUUUGGAAAGCCACCAUCUCUGGAGAGUGUGCCGCCGUUCAUCUGGACUGGGUCAAGCUCUACUAGAGCCCAACUUGAGCCUAUGUCCGCCACUGAUGUCCCUCUUCAGAUUUGUGUAUUUUCUCCUGGGACAUUCGACUUGUCAAACUAUGUUUUGCAUUGGAAUCUCCUACCUUCUAACAGUGAAGGAAAUUCUAACGAGGAAACAAGACGAUCUUCCGGGACGUGCCUGGGGUAUCCAUAUUAUCUUACUGUGCUCCAGUCCGAUUAAAAUUUUCAACCUUAUUCCAUUUUCAUUUUGCAUUAGAGGAGAAGUAUAUUUCAUGACUUUUUUUACCUUUUUCCUUUUUGUAUCUUUCGCCUGUAAAUUAAUAUGUGUAAUGUAAUUUAUUUUUUUAAAUUUAUUUUUAUAGCAGUAGGAAUUAUGGAAAAGGAGCGUAGAGAAAAUAGGAAAUGAAAUUAAAUUGUUUUGUUGAAAGGAAAAAAAUAAGAGUAAUGAAUACGAAACUUAAUUUGCACAACAUUCGUGUGCAUCUCAUUUAGUACAGAAAUUUAUUGUUAUUUUGUAAAUUUUAUUCUUA